UCCUCGCACGCUUGGAAGGCCGCCAAGAUGACGUGUUUGGAAUCGGGCUUGGCGCGUCUACGCAUGCCGACGUCGAGCGUAAUGAAGUCUAGAUGGCAGGCGAGUAUUGAGGAAUAGCAAGACCAUCAUCAACAGCAAGCAGCGCGACCAUGUCGGAAGGACUCUUCUUCAACGUCACUACCGGCUAUAUCGAGGGCGUUGUCCGUGGUUAUCGUAACACACUAUUGACUGGUCAACAAUACAGUAAUCUGGCACAAUGCGAGACGAUCGAUGAUGUGAAGCUUCAACUCGGUCCAGCAUAUGGAGACUUUCUUGCCGACCUCCCUCCAAACCCUUCAACGAGCACGCUCGCCGACAAGUUACUUGACAAGCUCGUCUCCGAGUUCCGCUACGUUCAGGCCAACGCUACAGGAUCCUUGUCCAAGUUCAUGGAGUUCUUGACCUACGGGUAUAUGAUCGAUAAUGUUGCCCUCCUCAUCACCGGAACUCUCCACGAAAGAGAUACCCGCGAACUCCUCGAACGCUGCCACCCCCUAGGCUGGUUCGAGACCAUGCCUGCCCUCUGCGUUGCCACCAACAUCGAAGAGUUGUACAACAGCGUCCUCAUCGAGACUCCUCUUGCUCCCUACUUCAAGGGCUCCCUGAGCCAUCAAGAUCUUGACGAACUCAACAUCGAAAUCAUCCGUAACACCCUCUACAAGAACUACCUGGAGGACUUCCACAACUGGGUCAACACCCAUUCUGGUGUCGCUGGCAGCCCGACUGCUGAAGUCAUGACCGAGAUUCUCGAAUUCGAGGCAGACCGCAGAAGCAUAAACAUCACACUCAACUCUUUCGGCACCGAUCUUUCAAAGGCCGACAGACAAAAGCUGUACCCUGGCUUUGGAAAGCUGCACCCUGAAGGAACUUUGAUGUUGUCAAGAGCAGAUGAUCCGGAGGCUGUCAGGAUAGCUGUUGAUGGUGUACAUGACUACCGCACUUUCUUCGACCAGACCGGCAUGGGUUCUGGCUCGAAUGUUGGCAACAUGGCUGGUGGUUCGGACGAGGGCAAGAGCUUGGAAGAUUUGUUCUAUCAAAAGGAGAUGGAGUUGUCCAAGCUUGCCUUCACUCGGCAGUUCACCUAUUCUGUCGUCUACUCAUGGGUCAAGCUGAGGGAGCAGGAAAUCCGCAAUGUCACUUGGAUUUCCGAGUGCAUUGCUCAAAACCAGAAGGACAGAAUCGGCAACUACAUCAGUGUCUUCUAAGCUGAUCUGCACAAGCCUCUUCUAAUUCUUGUUUCCGACCCUGGCGUUCAUACCCAUUUGUUAGCGUAAGAUUUUGUUCAUGUUGAUUGUUCUUCUAUGGUUUUGCUAGGCACGCUUCUAGACCUCUUGUUGUUUCACGUACAAAAUGCAUGCAAGAUUGACUCAGACUUUCUGCCACAUUUCUAAUAUGAGGUCUGUUCGCUGCUGUAGAUUUGGUAAACGCUCAUACGACCAGAGCAGGUGCGUCAAGGUAGAUUGAUAGUCACGGCCUAUUUGCCACUGGAGCAUUUCAUUCUAGUGGUUCGAACAGGUUACAGGAUGAAGGUUCCUGCCGCUUCUGUCGCAGCUACCCGCAAUCUGAUCGUACCCUCGUGCCCGUCCAUCGAUAUCUCCAAAGUCUCACAUGCUCUAUGUUUCAAAACAAACAAAACCACUGUCAU